AAACAUCGUUUUUUUUUUUUGAACUAAACACCUUCGUCUCUGUUCAUUUUUGUUGUUGUACAAACCCUUGAAGUUAAAAAAAAAAAACUGAGCGAAGAUGAUGCACAUGACCUUCUACUGGAGCAAAAAAGUGACUCUCCUAAUAGAUUCAUGGAAAACUGAUUCAUGGACGAGUUACAUACUGAGUCUACUCGCUUGCCUAAUCGUUUCCAUUUUCUAUCAGCUUCUCGAAAACCGCCGUAUUCGCCUCAAACUAUUCGCCUCCGGAAAGCAGUUUCCGGCCGAGAUCCAGACUCCUCUUAUUCAACGGAAGCUUGUCGGAAGUAGAGCUAAAUUAGGCGUGAAACUCGCCGGAGCAGUUCUGUUCGGUGUGAGCUCGGCGAUCGGGUAUUUCUUGAUGCUGUCUGUUAUGUCGUUUAACGGUGGAGUGUUUAUUGCUAUUGUUGUUGGUCUUGCUAUUGGUUACUUGUUCUUCAGGAGUGAUGGUGAAGAUUCUUUCGUCGGUGAUAGUUCUUGCGCAUGUGCUUGAUUACUUUUCAAUUCGACGAAUUCGGUUAUGGUAUCAGUUUCUUGUUAUAAUUUUUAUACCUAAUCGGGGUAUUAUUAUUGUUGUUGUUAUUUUUUCUUGUUUUAAUUUAGGUCUGUGGUGGUGGUGGUGGUGUAUGGAAAUUUGAGAUUUGGUGUUUUGGUUUGGGUUGUGUAAGUUUUUAGAGUGAUUGUAAUUAACUAUUAACUAAUUAUUAUUAAGAAAUUAUUAUUGUUAAGAUAGCAUGAAA